GGGCUUUGCAGGGCAGCCCGGGGGAAGAGCGGGAUCCCCUCUGGCCGGCCGCUGACCUCCCUCCCUCCUAACACCACCACCCCCCCCACUCGCUUACCUGCCGCAGCGAACAAUGAGCGCACCUGGAGGGCGGAUUUGGGGUUGGGGGUGAUGAUUCUGCCUCGGUGCCCAAGCCGCCUUUCUCCCCGACGCUUUGCCCCAGCCCUCCGGGGCUUUGCUACGGUAGAUAGGGAGGCCGACCCGGGCGCCUCCAUCCUGGGCUGCGGGUCCGCCGACUCUGCACGUGCGGGCACAAAGAGAUGAACCAUGACCAUAGUUGACAAGACGACCGAGUCCUCCAAGGCCUCUGCUUCUGAGAAGCAACCUUUCAACUCUCUGGCACCAGCUUCCGGUGACAUGGACUCGGGGUCUACAGGAUGGGUCGCCGUCUCUUCUUCGUUAGAGGCUCCGAAACACAAGAUCUCGUUGGAGCCCGUGCCAGGAGCCGCGGUGUAUUCCAGUACAUCGGGACCAGAUAAAUGCAAGCCUUCCGCCAAAGAGCUGGUUAUUGGCGAUGGGAUUGCGGCGCCUCAGAAGGUCCUUUUCCCCUCAGAGAAGAUUUGCUUAAAAUGGCAAAAGAUGCAUCGGGUUGGAGCUGGUCUCCAAAACCUCGGCAACACCUGUUUCCUAAACUCUGCUCUGCAGUGUCUGACAUACACCCCUCCACUCGCCAACUACAUGCUCUCCUACGAACACUCCAAAACCUGUCACGAACAAGGAUUUUGCAUGAUGUGCACCAUGCAAGGUCACAUCAACCAAGCUUUGUCCAAUUCCGGCACCGUCAUCAAGCCGAUGUCUGUCAUAAACGAACUUAGACGAAUAGCAAAACACUUCCGUUUCGGUAACCAGGAAGAUGCCCACGAAUUCCUAAGGUACACGGUCGACGCUAUGCAGAAAGCAUGUUUGAACGGUAGCAACAAAUUGGACAGACAUACCCAAGCCACCACUUUUAUUCAUCAGAUAUUCGGAGGAUAUCUCAGAUCUAGAGUAAAAUGCAUGAAUUGCAAAGGUGUUUCCGAUACAUUUGAUCCCUAUCUGGAUAUUACAUUGGAAAUAAAGUCAGCUCAAAGUGUCAACAAAGCUCUGGAACAGUUUGUCAAGCCUGAACAGCUCGAUGGAGAAAAUGCAUAUAAAUGUAGCAAGUGUAAAAAAAUGGUUCCUGCAUCCAAGCGGUUUACGAUACACCGGGCUUCGAAUGUCCUCACCUUAUCCCUCAAACGGUUUGCAAAUUUCAGUGGUGGCAAAAUCACAAAGGAAGUGAAAUACCCAGAAUAUUUAGAUAUACGACCAUAUAUGUCCCAACCCAAUGGAGAACCAAUCAUUUACGCACUUUAUGCGGUGUUAGUCCAUACGGGCUUCAGCUGUCACGCUGGACAUUAUUACUGCUACAUAAAGGCCAGUAACGGGCAGUGGUACCAGAUGAACGACUCCACUGUUUCAAACAGCGACAUCAGGACUGUAUUAAAUCAACAAGCCUACGUGCUGUUUUACAUCAGGACCCAUGACUUGAAAAACGGUGCCGAACACAUUCAUUCGAUCCACACGCCCGGGCAGUCUUCUCCCCGACCGGUUAUCAAUCAACGGGUGAUCGGUAAUAAACAAAGUAAUCCUGGAUUUAUCGGACCUCAGCUCCCUCCGCACAUGGUAAAGAAUUCGAAUCAUUUGAACGGAAACGGAUCCCUGAAGGAAACGCCCAGCAGUACGGUGGCCAUUUCUAGUAACGCUUCCCUCGUCAAAUCUCCGUCGGCGCCUUCCUUGUCCAUCUCCAAGUGGACCAUGAACCGGUCGGCCGCGGCCGCCACCCCGGAUUCCUCCAAGAAGCCAAAACUCACCCUCAGUAUUCACAAUAACAAGCUGCCUGCUCGCCAAAGCGUGUCUCACACCAGCUGUACCUUGGAGAGCCUCAACAAACCCGCCCCGUCCGCCACCAUUUCAAACCCUUCCGCAGUGCAAUCUACCUCAAGCACUUCCUCCACCGUCUCCUCGGCUGCUAACCAAGUCUCCAAACCGACCGCCCCCGGCAAAUCCGGUUCCAAGCUGAUCAUGAACGGCAAAGCCAAACACAGUCCAAGCAUCUUGGUCCCUUACGGAGCGGAAUCUUCCGAAGAAUCGGACGAGGAAUCUAAAGGCCUGUUGAAAGAGAACGGCCACGUCAAAGUCUCCAACGGCAUUUUAUUAGAAGAGACGGCGGGCGGGCUGGAGAACUCGUGCGCGUCCUGUCACAAGCCGGAAAAGGAAAGUUGCCAGCCCGAGUUACCCCAAAACAUAACCGUCAUGGUCUCCAUUAGCUUAAACGAUGCCCCGAAGCAGAACGGACAAAUCGGCAACGAUCUUCCCACCUCCCAAGGGAAGCCUGUGAAAUUGGCAAAUCACCCGUUUUCCAAAACCAACGGGUUGCCCGGAAAAGGUUCUCCAAAAGCGUUGUCCUCAGUCCCUGAAGAGGACGUCUCAGAUUCCUUCAGAUACAAGCAGUCGAAAACCUUGCCGGGGGACUCCAGCAGCGCUCCUGAACCAGAAAAACCAACAGCUGAGGACGCUUCUGAAAAGGCCGCUGCUGCCCUUCCCAACAGUAUCCCAAGCCCCGUAAUACUUUUGGACCUCGACGUCACUUCAAACAUGAAGGACCCUGGUGAAAGGAUUGUCCAGACAGAAAACAGACCGCUUGAGAACGACCGGCAGCAGGGUUCCCCAAAAACAGAUGAAGCUGCCUCCCCUGGAGAAGGAGAUGGUCAAGUCCUUCCUGAAAAGGCAGGUGUACCCAAAGACGAGAAAGCCGCUUCAGAGAAGAACCCCGAGCCUGCUGAAGGACAGGCAGGAUCGCCAGAAAAAGACGCCCAGAGCCCCCAGAUGAGGUUGGACGGUGAACUUAGGCCCCAAAAGCUAAAAACUCCCCUAAAGGCACCCGAGACGGGUCCAGAAAGGCAGGGCAGCCCUCCGAGCAGUAAGGACUCCCCGUGCGCCGAGAAUUCUCCCCUUCCCCAACCCAAAACUCUUGCCGAGAGCCAGUGUUCAAAGACGGAAAGCAAACCAGCAGACGGCAGCGAGCCGGUUCGAAGAAGCCUCGAAAAGCCGUGCCCGAGAUCCUCCCCGAAGGAGAAAGCCCACAAUUACAAAAAAACCGACCAAGAAUAUUAUCGUCCUAAAAGGAAGCGUUCGGAAACCGAGGAAGAGGAGGAGGAGGAGGAGGAGGUAGACGGAGCAGGUGGGCGUAGCCAGCCCGAUGGACACUGCAGCAAACAAAGGUGCGCUUACAGUAGGGAGCGGGGAAAGCAGCAGGAGCAGCCCCGACGGGAAUACCACGGCACCGGCUACUACAGGUUCCCGGGCAGUCCCGAUCCCGCCAGGAGUUUGGGGAAGUACCCUCCCUACAGAUCCCGCAGCCGGGGCCAAACGGACUCUGAACGGAGCAGGCCCAGUUACGGGAAAGGAGGAGAGAGGUCGUGGAGCAGGGAGCGGUACUACCAGGAAACGCCGAGGAGGUGGGACGUGUGCCGGUCGUACAGUUACUACUACUCGGCUUCCCACGUGCCCCGGCAUAACCAGGAGAGGAAGCCGACUCAUUCCGAGAGAGACUAUAGCAAAUCAAGUCAUGUUUACAGUAGCCCCUAUAAUAAGUACAAUUACUACAAAAGCCGUUUGAGCCACAACCUCGAUCGGAAAAGGCAUUUCUCCCCAAGCCCCGAGGCCGGCGACUGCGUCCCCGAAAAGAAACACCCCAAAAUCUUGCCAGACCCUUCCCCCGACGAACAAAAGGGACGGAAACGGAAGAAGUCGAAGAAGAAGAAGAAGUUAAAAGAUAAACACAAGGAGAAAGAGUCCAGCCCUAGUUCCUUACCUGCCAUGUGGGUAGCACAGCAGUCUCCGCCCCCUACUUUCUGGGGUGGCCGAAAGAGUGACUCAGUGAAUGACUCAGUUAAUGACCCCAUGAAUGAAUCAAAGCCACAGGAAUGUGCUCUUCAGUCAAGUCCCAAAGACAGCCGGCAUCGCCAGGAUUCCGACCCAUCCCUCUCCAACUCCGAGCCCGAGACCCACAAACACAAACACAAGAAGAAGAAGAAGAAGAAGAAGAAGCGAGCCAGGAAAUCAGAAGAAGGCGACGAGGCCACCGCCCCUUCCCUCCCCAAGCCCACCGCCCCGCAGAUCAAGGAUUCCAAAAACUGGGAGGCGCCCAAAUCUUCUUCGGAGGCUUGUCGGAAACACAGCCCAACGUCCUGCAAGGAAAGCCCUUCCGCUGUUUGGCGGAAAGCGAAAUCCCUCGAAAGGAGCAACAGGGAUGGCUUCCAUCCACAGAAAGAUCACAACAGUGAUCCGGAAUGUCCGUUGGAAGUCCAGCUUAUAGUGUAUUUAUAAACCGGGAAAAAAGAAAAAAAACCCUUACAAACUCUUUAAUAUUCAUAAUUGGUGCUUCAGAAAAAAAAUACUGUACAGGAUUUUAUCAUUGAAGAAAGCCCCGUCUCUCCUUUUUUCAUUUUUUCUUUUUAGUUUUUACCUUGAGCCUUUCUUCUUUUUUAAAAAAAAAAACAAAAAAACAAAAAAAAAAGAAACAAAAAACCAGAAUUCUCCGCGAUUCUCCCAAACACGACAAGAGGAUGGACAACCUUCUACAGCUGCUGAACAAUUGCAACCUCCUCCUGAUAAUCCGCGUCACCGUGAGAGAUAACGCCCCUGGAUCCGAACAUCUCAAAAUGCUGCUGCUUCGUUCCACCACUCAGGUUGAAUGUGUUUAUAUAUAUAUAUAUACAUAUAUAUACAUAUGUUCCACGUGAUGUUCGCUCCCGAGUCGGAACCUUGUUUUGCCGCGCCGGGGGGGAGGGGCCGAGGAACCUUCCCCGAAUUUAAGCAAGCCUGCAACUGAUAAAAGUGUCUAUUUAAUUUAAUUAUUUAAAACAUUUCACAGGCAACUUGGAUGUUUGCAAGAGAGAGAGAAAGAGAGAAAAAAGAGAGCGCGCCUCGAGGUUUUUUUUUUCCCCCCUCUUCCGAUGUCUGCUACUAGAAACUCCACGUCAUUUUUCCUUCCGUUGGGAUUCCCGUCUUUGGACUGUUGUGCAAAGUGCGUGACGUUCAGACGCUUGGCCGUGGGUUUGUUUUUUUUCUUUUUCUUUUCUUUUUGAAUGUAUCGCGGGACACGUCCGAAGAUCGCUUCGACACCGUCUGGCCUGUCCUUCACGGCUUAACCUGAAAUUCCUUUCCGAGACCGACGACAGGCGAUGUGCAGAGGGUUUGAGCCAGCCCGUGCAUUGUUGCGAAAGGCUUCCGCGUCCGUUUCCCCCACUCGAGUGUCUCCUUCCGUGGGUGUUUCCCUUCACCCAACCUUUGCAGGAUACGCCUUUUGUAACCGUCGCCUGCGAAAGCGACUCCCGUCGUAUUUCUGGCCCUUCCUUCUUCUUUUUCCCUGCUUUUUCUUCCCAUCCUCUGCCUGGUCCUUGGGCAUCUCUUCCCUGCCCCGCAGAGUUUUAUUUUAUUGCUCAGGUUGUCCUGCCAUAUCUGGACUUCUAGCCUGAGCCAGAAGUAAGCGAGGAGAGCAGGUGCCAGGAUCUCUAGUAUCCGCCUGGAGAGGAGCCGUUUUUAAUUUUAAUUUUUUUUAAAAAAUCCGCUUAAGUUUUUUUAUUGCGUUAAUUUUUAAUGUAGCGAUGUACGUCCUCGACCGAUCUCGGCUGUCUGAUUCUUGUUUCCUUCUCCAAGUUUCUAGUUACAGACAACGUUCAUACUGUGAUUUCUUUUUUUCUUUCUUUCUUUUUUUUUUUUUAAUUUUUAUUAUUAUUUUUUUAAAUGAUGAAAUGCUAUCAAACUGUGAUACACUUAAUUCACUGGUCCUGCAUCAGGAGACAAGAGUGGGGAAAACUGUAUUAAAUACAGUUCAUCUGAAUAAUCUGUCUGAUUUAUACAAGCCGCGUUGUUCAGAGAUGUCUAUAAAGUUUGAUCUUUGUUUUUUUAAAGAUAAAAAAAAAAGCACUUACCCCACUUGUAAAUAUAUGGCAUGUAAAAUUUAUAUAGUAUAUAAAUCCGAGAAAUCAAAUCAAACGAC